AUGAGACUUCUGGGAAAGGCUAGUGGUGUUGUUGUGGUAAGUUUGGAACAGCUUUAGGCUUAAAAUUCUUUUAUGAUUAACAAUAUUUUUAGACUUCAGAUACUUUUAAGGCUUAGAAAAUUCUAAGCUUAAGACACUUUUACGUUUUAAAAAUUUUUAAGCUUAAACCACUCUUAAGCUUAGUUUUAGGCUUAUUUUUACUCAUAGGUUAAAAGUACUAAUAGUUUUUCUAAUAUGUUUAGGCUUAAGUAAUUUUGUAGCUUAUUAACAUUUUUAGGCUUAAGCUAAUAUUAGACUUUUCAAUAUUUUUAGGUUUAGGACACUCGUCAAUAUUUUUUUAUGCUUAAGAUACUUUUAGGCUUAUGUUACGUUUGAAUUUAAGAAUACUUUUAUUUUCAAGGAACUUCUAGGCUUAUUAUUAAUUUUAAGCUAUAAAGAUACUUUUCGAUUUAAUAAUUAUUUUGAGCUUAACAUACUUUUAGGCUUAUGACAAUUAUUAAGCUUUAGGUCUUUUUAGGCUUAUUAUUACUUUUAGGCUUAAGAUGCUUAUAGAUUCAGUAAUUAUUUUUAAGCUUAAGACACUUCUAGGCUUAUUAUUAUAUUACUUUUAAAAGUUAGGUACUUUUAAGCCUAAUUACAUUUUUAAUUUUAAACAACAAUUAGGCUUUCUGUUAUAGGCUUCAGAAGAUUUUUAACUAAAAAAACUCUGUUGCUUAAAAAAAUUUUAAGCUUAUAUUAACGUAUUAGAAGCUUGAAAUUUUAAACUCAAAAUUUUAACCCUAAAAUUAUAAGCCUUAAAGUGUUGUAAGCCUAAUAUUAUUAAACUUAUAGCAAGAACUCAACGAUCCCUACGAUCAUUCAGAAGAGCUGCAACUUCUUCGUACGGCCGCUUUCGCCGCUGCCAUUCACGGCCAAAUCAGGCCUUCAGACGACCCAUACCUCACGAAUCUAGAUGACACAGUAAGACAAGAUGCUUACAGAGUAAAUGUUUUGUCGAAAGCUAUGAAGUCACAUCGACUAUAUUACCUUCAUUUGGCACAAACGUUGACACAUUUGAAAGAUUACGGUAUUGAGUUGGAUUUUGAAGAAUUGCCGAAAAGAGAGAAAUUACUGUACAAUUUAGACACUACUGGCCAUAUCUUCAGGUACUGUAAUGUUUUUGGAAUUGAGAAUCUGAAGCCUCAAUGUCGGUGA